AACCACUUGACAACACUUGGCAAUGGUGACGCCGAAGUGAAAGAAAAUUGCGAUCUACAAAAACCUGAAAAUCUGUGGUUCUGGUUUUGAUCUUAUUGUUACCGAUGAUAUGGCAAAGAAUUCUGAAGCAGUAGCAAAACUUGUUCAACAGAAAUUAGAGGACUAUUUCAACAGGCAGCGAGUUGAGAAUGAAUUUGACCCAUCUGGGAAGGGAAUUCACACAACUACACCAGCAGUGGUGCAGUUAGAGCUGAGUUAUCUGCAAGCAGCAGAGCAACAGUGGAAGGCAAACAAGAAAAAGAAGAAGAGUAAAAAUGGUCAGCAAAAAACUACUGAUGAGCAGGGAGAUGGGUGGAGAAGUCAGUCGAGGGAGAACGAGUCUCCUGACGAUGGAAACGAGGCCACACCCGAGGUGUCACCCAGAGUGACUAAAAACAGCAGGAUAAAAUCCAGGGUGAAAGGUUCUGAGAUUGAUCGCAUCACAAAGAACGCUCAGACAACACUGGAUCAAGUUUCAGUGGACAAGAUUCAGAGUGUUCAUCGCUACCGGCCACAUCUUAUACUUAGUGAGCGUCUGGACAUAAUUAAAGUAGCCCGUGUAUCUCAUCAUGUGGACGCCAUCUUGAACACGGAGCAUGCCUUGGAUUGUGCAGAGGAAAAUGAUGAUCGUGAGGCAGCAAGAAAAUAUGUAGAAGAGAAAAAUGAUCCUGAAAGGAAGGAGAGAGACCAGAGAGAUGAGCCAGAGAAGGCAGAAGACACUGGAAGCCAACGGAAGAGAACUCCGUUAUGGCUCAGGGUAGAAAUGGAAAAAGCGCAAAGAGAAGCCAAGUCAGACAGACCUCGGAAUCAACAGACUAGAGAAGAAAUAGAAGAUGGAUAUUCAUCAGAUGAAUGUCAGGAGAUGGCAAGAGAAGGUGGGGAGGUAGAGGAACAGAAACAGGAGACCAGAGAAGUAACUGAUGAAGAGAAAGAUUUGUCAGCUGACCAUCAAGAGAUAAUCAGAGAAGAUGAAAUGGAUGAAACAAGUAGAGAAGGAAAAUGCGAGGAUAAUGAAAAAAUGAGGAAGGAUGUUAAAGAUGAGGGUAAUAAAACAAAUAAGAACCCAUCUGAUGGAAACAGUGAAAUUAAGAAUGCUUGCAGGGAGAGUGAGAACGAGGUAGAUGAAGACAAAACAGUGGGACAAAGUGAAACAAACGAGUCUAAAAAGGAAUUUGAAGGAGAGAAGAGGGUGGAAUCAGACAUUGAGAAUAAGAACAAAGGUGUUGAUGGAAAGGUGGAACAGGGCAAAGUAGAACCUUUGAAUGAUGCAACUCCAACUGAAAAGUCAGUUGAAAAUGAACAAAGUGAUCAAAGUGAUCAAAUGAGUCAGCAGGGGAAUGAAAAGAAAAACCUUAAUGUAAAACAAAAGCGGGGUAAGCGUAAGACAAAGCAGGACCUCCCAAAUGGAGACCUGCAGAACGGCAGCAUCGAGGAUGACUGUAAGAUAAAGGCUGGUGAUGGAAAUUUGGAGGUUCAAGAAGGGGAGGCGGCCAGCAGGAAGCCACAAGUAGAUGGGAUUGGGGAGCAGGGUGGCAAGGAUAGGGGCGGUGAGGAGUCGGUUGGGCAGGAUAGACGUGGGCAAACUAGUGAAGGACAGGAUUACAGGACAGAAGUGUAUGUGAGAUCAGAAAGUGUAGUCUCUUUAACUGCUGCAGUUAAUGAGGAUGAACAAGGGAAAGGUUAAAAAUGAUGAAACAGGUUAUGAUCAGUAAAGGUUUCAUACUAUGCACAAAAUUGGAAUAAGCCCUCUCAAGUUGGGUUGUUAAUUGUUUUGGUCUCUAAAAUUCCUCAUCUGCAAGAAAUAUUAAGGUUGUAAAUACAUGUACUGUACAUAUGUUGUAAAUUGGGAGUAAUUGCUUAAAGUCUUCAGCUUAUAAUUUGUGUCAGUUAAAGAGAGUGUCUCAAAUGUUGAGAUUUUGAAAUAUUCCAUGAUUUUGGAACACUUUGCUCUUUCAUGAACGUAUUGAGUAUUUGUUCGUACGUCUUUCAGAGGUUUAUUUUUAUACAUCUAUAUCAGGUAGUGAAUAGUUAUUGUAUAUUUUCCAAUUUUUCUAUUCAAAUGUGUGAAUAAGUUGUUAAAAUAGAGACGUUCAAAAUGUCGAAUUUCGUUUAAAAGGUGUGGUUUCUAACAAUAUUUUUGUAUUUUGUUUGAUUGAAAUGAAAGUUGCCACAAUUAUAUAAUUGCACCAGAUCUAUGCAAAAAAAUAUGAAUUGCCUAGUAAUACAUUAUUUUAUGACAAAUUAUGUACAUGUAUUCAAGUUGAUAUGAAACAUGAUAAAGUAUACCCUUCACAGAAGAAUGUUUCAUUUAAAUGGUUGACAUGUAAUCUAUGAAUU